CAAACUUCAGACAGACACCAUACUGUAGAUGCGCGGAACACAGCUGACCGUUAACUCCUUUCCUGCCCCCUGUUUUCCGCUGGUAUCAACUUUACAUUAUAUCACCUUUCGUACAAGUUAUUUUUUUUGGCUAGAAAUAAUAACGUUGGUUACAAAUCCCGACCAAAGCUCGCUCUUGGAGCUGAAUUUUACGCUCCGUUCACGGAACUUCAAUUACAUCUUGGUUCCGCGGGCCAACCGUCGCUUCUAUGUUUUAUUUCAGUUUUGUUUCCGGUAGUUAAUACAUGGAGACCGUCUGUUCCGUCGAUUGCCUCGCAUGUUCGCAUCCUACGUCGAUCGGUUUCGUAUGAACCGUUGCGAGACAGCGACGUAGGGUCGGAGGCUCCGCGAGCGGAGCCAGACUUUAUGAUGGGGAUGCCCAAGGGAGGACGUCUGUUCCUGGCGACGUGCCUCUGCUCGUUCUUCGUUCUUGUUCUUUACUUCCAGAGCAUCACUAAACCAGAACCGGCUUUGAAGACUAGCAGCAGACCUGGGAAAAGUAGAAGAAGUCCUUUGCAGACCCUUUACAAAGGAGACCAGAAGCAGCUGAAGCUGUCGGCAGCUCAGAAGUCCCUUCAAGGCCGCAGGAAGGUGUUGGAGCAGGCAUGUCUGAGCCACACGAAGAAGCGCCGGGUGCUUUCGCCAGAGGAUCUCAAACACCUCAUUGUGGACGACAAACAUGGCCUUAUUUACUGCUACGUACCCAAGGUAGCCUGCACCAACUGGAAGCGUGUGCUGAUGGUCCUCUCCAGCAAUGGCCGUUACUCUGACCCCCUCGCCAUCCCUGCUAACGAGGCCCAUGUGGCAGGUAACCUCCGCACGCUCUCUGACUUCUCCGUGACGGAGAUAAACCAGCGCCUCCGCAGUUACCUCAAGUUCAUUUUUGUACGGGAGCCCUUUGAGCGCCUAGUUUCAGCCUACCGCAACAAGUUCACACGUAACUACAACACCGCCUUCCACAAGCGCUACGGAACCAAGAUCAUCCGCCGGCACCGGGCCAACCCUCAACCGGAAGCCCUGGAGAAAGGAAACGACGUCUCCUUCCGAGAGUUCAUCCAGUAUCUGGUGGACCCCCAGACACAGCGGGAGGAGCCUUUCAACGAGCACUGGGAGCGGGUGCACUCCCUCUGCCACCCAUGUCUGAUCCACUACGACGUGGUGGGGAAGUACGAAACUCUGGAGCCUGAUGCUCACGCCGUGCUAAGGCUAGCGGGGGUGGAGGGUAAAGUUCAGUUCCCAACGUCUAGCAAGAGCACCAGGACCGAUGGCAACAUGGCAGCACGCUUCUUUAAGCACAUCAGCCCCUUUUAUCAGAAGAAACUGUUCAAUCUCUACCGCAUGGACUUCUUACUCUUUAACUACACCACACCGGAGUAUCUGAGGACUCGAUGACUAACAGAGACGAGAGGAUCCCACGUUCCAUCCACACUUCAGAGUGAUGAUUAGUUCCUGUUGAAACGACUGAUUCCUAUCUACAGACCCCCUAAAGGCACAUAGAAGAAAUAAAGAAACAUUGUCAUGUGUACAAGAUACUUUAUCUUUAUUUCUUCUAUGUCCCUUUAGGGCCUCUGUAGAUUCCUACCUAUUGGCGGAAACAAACUCCAGUCUCUCAGACAGACAGUUUCCAGACUGAUGUAGGUGAAUCACGAACUCUUACAAAGAAGUUGCUAUUUUUUUGUGACUGUUUGAUUUGACUCCAGUUGUCAUUGAGCCGGUGAAAAGCGCCUCACCAGUGUUCCUGCUGUGCCCACUACAGUGAUAAUCCUCUUGUAGUUUUCCUCUUCUAGGAGAAUCAAUGAGCCAUAAAUGAAAGCCAGUGUUUUCCAGAGGAGCCGGUUCUCCUCUUUAGCUGGCGAUUGUGCUGAGUGUGAAGUUUUCCUCGGAUUGUUUCCGAGCCGUUACGGAAAGCCUUAAUUUAUGUACGUAUGUCAGCACAGAGUAUUUAUUGUCGUGUGAAGCGAGGUGUGAAAAUAAUUUAAAUAAAAGAACAAGAGGUUGUUUUUUGUUUUUUUUACCGAAUGUUAGAGAUCAGAUUAAGAAAAUGUUUUGGGCAUCUGAUAGUCUUCUUCAGUUCAGUGAAACUCUCUACCCAGCAUCUUUCCCUGCCCGUAUUUAGCUCUGGGACUCUGGAGCUGAACAAACAAGCGCAUAGCUGUGGUCACGGCGGGGUCCGGCCCAGCGCUCCCCCGGUCAGAGCCGCCCUUGUUAGAGGCAGCAUCGGCAGACGAAGCGUUAAAUCCACCUACAGCCCUCUGCACUGCAGCGCCUUGUUUCAGCAAAAACGCCUUGGAAUUUCUGGAGGAAUAAUUUGGAGCUUACUAUAGGAAAACAGCUUCUUAAUGGACUUUACUGUCUUCUGCACCCAAAAGAGGAAACUUUGACACAUUUUGUGGCUUUUUCUGGGUCUGUAGGUUGGAUUUUACUGCACAUUAAAAAAGAAAAGAGUCUAAGUGUUUAACAAGUACAGUCAUCUGUCGUUGAGUUGCAUUGUGGGUAGUGUAGGCACAAAGAAUCUGGAGAUUUUUGUUCUUUCUUUCUUCAGCUGCUGGACCUCAACUUUACCUUUAAGAAAAGUGUUAUUUUUGUAUCAUUUGUUCUGAAAAACAAUUAAAGAACUGAAAGGUCUACUGUGUAGGAUGAUGUCCUGUCUGUGCACAAGUGCAGGAAGUUAAAAAUGUUAAAGCAUUUCAGUUUUUCUGUGCUGUUACAGCAACACAUACAGUAGAUGUUGCCAUAAGAGGAAGUGAGAGAUCAGCGUUGCUAUCAGUGUUGUUCUGUUGCUGCUUUUAGAACCAGCUCCUGACAGAGAAUCUCCUUGAUGCAACUCCCCUUAAAACUGCUGGCAACUUUCUGUAGUGUAGACAGUCCCUCCAGGAUUUAACUUUUUUUUU